CUCUUUUGGUCGCUCAACCACGUAACCUUUUUGUACUGACCUUUCUCUCAGAUAUGACUAUCGUUCCUCGGCCCUUAUUACUGUCUAAGCAAGCCCGGUUUCCGAAGGUCUUUGGUAUAUUCAUAGAAACCGUCAGAAAAGAAUCAACGCAGGGAUCAAAAAUACACGAUACCAUUCUCGGAUGUGGAAGCUGUACGUGAAGUAUAUUAUCACAACGUCAAUACUUCUCCCUCUGCGAGGAAGAGCUAUCGCCAAUGUGUUGUACCAAGCACGUUCGCUUCCAUCGCGACAGUCCUCGAGGCUCCUUGGCAAUCACUGUGUGAAAGCACAUUUUGCUAUUCAAGUUAUGGCCUAUGAUAAGGGCCAUAUUAACCAUCAAGAGCCGAGCCAUACGGCUCUCAAGGGACGAUUCCUUGUGUCAUAUAUCGCGAACUCCAUGGCGAUAGGAUACUCUCCAUCGAUGAUGCUACGUCUCGCCGUGUGCCAUGUGGUGUCGGGGACGUCUGAGCGAUGGUAUCGCACUUUGUUUUGUCUUGACGAUGGUGAUAUCAAAAAGCCCAUGAUGGCGUCCAGCAACCAUCCUCGAGGCUCGUAGCUAAGAAUAUCAUGACCUAUACAAUUCAAUGCAGCUAAGCCCUCGAGAUAAUUCGAUGCUCAUAACAUUUCUGCACGAACUCGGAG